AUGUUUCUUUUUGUGAUAUUCUUGGACGGACUCACUGACUUUUCUAAAACAUGUCCUGCACCUCACAAUCACACAAUCAGGCCAAUUCUUUUUUGGCUCGCCAAUGAUUUGCCCCCAGAAAUCCUUUCACAUCUCAAAUUCAGUGGCUGUCCUGACACCGCAAUUAAUUCUUCCUUCAAGCUAGGGAGCGCAGCCCAGACAUCUAUCGGCCUAUCAGGCCUAGCAGCUGCAUAUAUCCUUUAUCUGAGGACCGGAAAUAUGCAAGACGUCAGUGUCAAUGCACGCCACGCUAUUCUAGACAUAUCUAGUGAAUCUUGGUACACCGUAGAUGGCCAGAUGCCAACUAAGUCCAUGCAGGAUUACCUAGCAGGGAUAUACAGAACCAAGGACAAUAGUUUUGUUCGUCUACACACCAACUUUCCGCAUCAUCGACAGGGCAUUCUCAAUAUUUUGCAAUGUGAUCCCACUCGUGAAGCAGUUCAAGCUGCGUUAUUGCAAUGGAAUGCGAAAGAUUUCGAAGAUGAGGCAGUAAAGCAGAAAAUGUGUGUCAGUGCCUAUAGGUCAUUUGAGGAGUGGGACAAGCAUCCGCACGCAGCUGCAUUAAGAGGAACCCCUCCAGGAAUUAGAGUGUUAGACCUGUGCCGGGUGCUUUCUGGACCGGUGUGCGGCCGUGCGCUCGCAGCAUAUGGGGCUGACGUGCUCCUCGUGACCUCCCCAAAUCUUCCUGAUUUACCCGUGCUUGAUAUUGAUACGUCUCGCGGCAAGCGCACGACACAGCUCGAUCUCACCCAAGCCUCACAACAUGACCGCCUGAAAGAAUUAGUCGAAGAUGCUGAUGUAUUCCUGCAAGCAUACCGACCAAGUGGCCUUCAGGAAAAAGGGUUUGGAUCUCAGGAACUUGCUAGAGUUCGGCCUGGUAUUGUAUGCGCCAAUCUGACAGCGUAUGGUUGGGAGGGUCCCUGGAAGCAUAAGCGCGGCUUCGACUCGCUCGUGCAGACUGCUACGGGCUUCAAUUGGGCGGAGUCUGAAGCUUUUGCCAAGUUCAAUGGGCAGCCCGUCACGGAUAAGCCAGAACCUCGGGCACUCCCUGUGCAAGCCUUGGAUCAUGUCGCAGGGUCCUUCCUCGCUUUUGGAAUUCAAGCUGCAAUCGCAAAAACGAUCACUGAAGGUGGCUCUUGGGAAGUCCGUGUCUCUCAGGCUUUAGCAGCAGUUGCGCAGUGGCUCCGAUCACUCGGGCAACUUCCGCCAGAUACCGCAUUCGGAGAUGGGGAACCUCUACCAAAGCGAAUGAUCCCACCGGACUCAGAGGUAGCUGCAUCAUCGGUCACACUCCACGAGGCGACAGGCGAUAAAAGGGACGUUGAAGGGCGUCUCAGGAUGAUGACAGCUAUUCGCCAUGCAGCGCAGCUAUCCGUUACGCCGGUCAAAGAUGUGGAAGCUCCAAUGGGUUUGAAUCGGCAUCAACCUGUGUGGUUGCCGCGUGCUUAG